CGUUUAUUGGCUUCUUGUUGACUCCUGUUGCGACGCGCAGUUAGUUUGUUAGUCAUCGAUGCGAGCGGUAAACGCGAUAAACCAGAAGUCGAACAAAACGAAGCCGACGACGAUGACGCCAGACGCCGACCGCGAGCGAAAAGAAGACGAAGAAGAAGUCGCCAUUAGUCGCUGGAGACACCGACACCGACACCGACAUCAACAUCGACAUCAACACAACGUGUUUUCGGUUUAUUCGGAGCGUGAUCUUCGCGAAACUCGCGCCGAUUUGUGUGCUCGUGGCGUGACUGUUCGCGUUUAUCGCAGUAAUAUUUAGUUUAGAUUUAGUUUAUAUUUGAAUUUGAGUGUUUUUGUUGUUUUGUGUGAUUUAAAGUGGGUUUUUGUGAAGAUAUCAGCGAAAUGUCUGGGAAAGUUUUUGUUUUUUUGGCGGUUUUUGUCGUGUUAAAUGACCUGGGUAAUGCCAGCCGCCCCCAGUUUGAGUUGAACCCGCAAUACUCUGACUCUUAUCUGCCGGCAACAAUGCAGGUGAUUGCUUAUCUUACCGAGGCGAUGAAGUACGAACUGCGACCGCAGCCGGCACAGCCAGCGCAGCCGACGACGACCGCCGCCCCCAGGCCGACGCCCCCGCAUCGCCCGGGAGUGUUUGCACCCGUUGCGCCACCCCCACAUCGAGGAUUUAAGGCAAUACUCACAAAAAAAAUGGCUCAAUCAUCUCUAGGAUCCAUCAUCCGCCAACAUGAACCCUUCCUACCUGCAGGCAUCCAUGAACUAGACCUGGAACUCCUCGGAGACGGCGCCAAGGACCUGCAUCGCGCAAUAAACAUUGACUUAGCCGACAAUUCCUUCGAAGACUUCCUCGAGACCUUCGACGACGACGCCCGCAACUCCGACCUCCUACGCUGGUUAAAACAGAAAGUACCACCCACGCGUGCCUACGUUACUCUCUUAUCAAUCUACGAUUUGUUCAACAAGGAAACCAAACGUUUGGGCCUCAAUCGCUUCAACGGUUUCUCGGAAACAAGUAAAGACCUAAAUGUUGUCUCUGGAGGUUCCUCUGCUUAUCAAUUAGGGUAUUUGUUGAGGAAAGUGCAGGAUCAGAAGGAGGUGGCUGAUCCAAUGUUGCAGAAUAAGAUCAAGGCGUUGAUUGGUGACCUUGAGAUGGAGGACAGCUACAUUAAUAUCGCGUUGAUGUAUAUUCCUGCUCUGGGUUUCGCUUUGUAAGUUUAAAGAGGAUAUUAUAAAGGUUUUGAAUGAUAAUAAUGGUUUCUGUAUGUUAAAACUAUGUAAGUGAUUGAUAAUGAAUUAAAUACUAAUGAAAUACUGAAA